AUGAGGACUGAGAGACCUUCUAACCUAAUCAAACAUCCAGGGCAGACAAGCAUCCCUUCGCUCGAAAAUAUAAGUGAUUUCUCCUUUAAUAUCACUGACUGCACCCAGGUCGUCGUACCAGAGGAAGUUUUUUUCACUGUUGCGGCUGCUGGAAUACUGGAAAAUCUGCUUGUCCUUAUUGCUGUCAUUAGAAAUAAGAAUUUACACUUGCCCAUGUACUUCUUCAUUUGCAGUUUAGCCAUUUCAGACAUGUUAGGUAGCUUGUACAAAACUCUGGAGAACAUCUUUAUCAUCUUGUGCAAAAUGGGGUACCUGACACAUCGUGGGGACUUUGAGAAAAAGCUGGAUGAUGCCAUGGAUUCCAUGUUCAUUCUGUCUUUACUAGGGUCGAUUUUCAGCUUGUUAGCUAUUGCAGCAGACAGAUACAUCACCAUCUUCUACGCUUUGCGGUACCAUAGCAUCAUGACACUAAGAAGGGCCUUGGUUAUCUUGGCAGUUGUUUGGACAUUCUGUGCCGGCAGUAGUAUUGCCAUUGCCCUCUUCUCUUACGAAGCAGCAACAGUCAUUCCCUUCACCAUCCUGUUCCCUUUAAUGAUGUUUUUUAUACUGUGCCUCUAUAUUCAUAUGUUCCUCCUGGCUCGAUCUCACGCCAAAAAGAUCGCCUCACUGCCAACCAGCACAGUCCAUCAGAGAACUAACAUGAAAGGAGCCAUUACACUGACCAUUUUCCUUGGAGUUUUCCUUUGCUGUUGGGCCCCCUUUGUUCUUCACAUCCUCUUGGCAAGGUUUUGCCCACAUAACCCUUACUGUGCCUGCUACAUGUCCAUUUUCCACGUGAAUGGGACGCUCAUAAUGUGCAAUGCAAUCAUCGACCCUAUGAUUUUUGCAUUCCGAAGCCCAGAAUUGCGGAGUACAUUUAAAAGGAUGUUCUGUUGUGCCUGGUCAAACUGGAACUGGUAAACACUUCAUGAAAAGUAA